ACUAGCCCCUACACCACUGAGCAACAAGAAAAGAUGGCCGCCUUAGUCAAAGAGAGUGAGGAGAGGAAAGGGCGUGAAAAGCAAGCCAAGCUAAAGGCUAUCGCAGAUGAGCAGGCGGCGAAGAUGAAGAGAUUGGAGGAGGAGAUGAAGAAAGUASAACAAGAGGAGGAAGAAAGAAGAAAAGGUGUUGAAGCAGGCAGCAGAAGAAGAGAAAGAGAGGAUGAGGAUUGCGAGUGGAGAAGGGAGUAGUAGUGGCACGAUGGCGAGGGAGACAGAUAUAGGGUUGGAAAAGAGGAUCAGCGAGUGGGUCGCUAAUUUAUCGUUGGGAGAAGACGAGGAGGCGGAAUCCUAUGUGACUAAGGAUGAGAAAGCUGCGCUGGCCGCUGAGCUAGCAGCCAUGACAGACCCGAUGGAACGAAGAGAGAGGGAGGAGGAACAAAAGUURGCAUGGAAGCUGAGGAUGAAGAGAGAGAAGAAGAAGAGAAGAGAGGAAGUGAACAAGAUGACCGUAGAAGUGGCAAAGGUGCAGGCGUGCAGACAGGAGGUGCUGGCCCAGCCAGAUGACAAGGCCAAGUGGGACAAAGUACUGGGCUAUCUAGAGGUGUUGAGCAAGGCCUGGAUGGAGGAGCGCCAGGCAAGCUGGAGCCAGGAUGUAGCGUUGAGUGCCAUGCGAUCAGGGUUUAGAGAUUUCGCGCGCGAGUUGGUCACCCAUAUUGGGGGCGAAGUGAAGCAAUUGAGAGAUAAUGUAGGGAAGUUUUGUGAGGGCGCCAUUCAGGGUGCCAAAGCAGUAGCCGCUGUAGAGGGAGAGGCCAGACCCCGUAAGGACCCAGUGAAACUUAAGUUCCCAGACGCGUAUGGGGGGAAGAAGGACGAGAACUUUGACAAYUGGGAGRCCAGUGUCAAUAGUUACAUUUAUUUACAGCAUAUCCUGAUGGAGGAGCAAGUCCUCGUGGCCUUCCAGGCCCUGAAGGACGARGCGGCUAGCUUCGCUAGGUCUCUCGCGCGUACGGCCGGUUGUGAAAACAACCUGGUUGCAUAUUCUAAAGUCACCCCUCUUUCCCAAUUCCUCAGGCUUCUCAAGGAGCGUUUCGAUGACCCAACGAGAGGCAUAAGAGCCUCCGACAAACUUCAAACGAUCCACUCGCGGCAGUGGAGGAGUGCUAAGGCACUCAAGAGUACUAUGGACGACUUGGUAGCCGUCCCUGACCACGGGGUCACCGAGCCCCAGUUGGUCAAGUUGUUUUAUCGUGCCAUCCCAGAGGCCCUACGCGGGCAUUUCUUUGACAAGUCUCAGCAGGCCGACAUCACAUAUGAUCAAUUGAGUAGGGAGGUCGUCCUGUAUGAGUCAAAGUCUAUGCCAGUUACCACUUUCUGGCAUAAGGACYUDRAGAARGGGAAGAAGUGGAAGAAUCGUACUAUCUCAGGCCAAGUAAAGGCCAAGGAUCAUAUGAUCCUGACGUUAGAGGAAGGUGGUACUGAUGAGGUCCCGUAUGAUCAGAUUGAGUGGGGCCUCGAAGAUGGCAGUAGUGUGGGGCAGGGGAGAUCUUACGCUGCUGUCGCGGUCAGAGGGAGGCCGCAAGGUAGAGGAGGAGGCCAGGGCCAAAGGGGCCAGGCCAUGGGAGGCCGAGGACCGGGCGCACAGGGGGUUGGCGGACAGGGAAACCUCCAAGCGGGAGGUAGGGGUCAAGGUCCCCCGUUAAAUCGCCAGGGUAACCGGUCCCCACAACGAGGAGGUGGAAGGGCGCCUCAAGGAGGAUGGCACCCAGGCUUGCCGCAGGGCAGGCCCUGGAAAGAUCUGGGCUUGGACCAGCGCUUAUGGCAGGAACGCGUGAACAUGGGUCAGUGCACAGGAGAAGGGUCUAGAGAGUCCCAGUCCAGUCCAGCAAGUACCACAGGGGGACUGUGAGCACCAAGGGCCAAUGGCAAAGGGCAGACCAACGAAUUUCUGAAGUAUAAAUCAAGAGGCAACACCCAG